GGAAAAGAGUAGCGAGUCAACCAACGAACAUUUUUUUUGUCUGUCUUCGAGUUACAAAUUCCCACUUUUUAAGAAUGGCUGAUGACCUGCCAGAAGGGUGGGAAAUUCGUUACAGUAAAACCCAUAAUGGUCAACCUUACUACUAUAACAUGGCUUCAAAGGAAAGUCGAUGGGACAAACCUGAGGGCCCUCCAGCAGGCAAAGUACGUUGUUCCCAUCUCCUAGUGAAACACAGAGAUUCCAGAAGACCAGCCUCCUGGAAAGAUGACAGGAUCACUCGGACGAAAGACGACGCUCUUCAGAUACUCAAAGGUCAUAGAGCGAAGAUAGUUGCAGGGGACGUCACAUUAGGAGACCUAGCCAGUACGGAAAGCGACUGCAGCUCGGCGCACAAGAAGGGCGAUCUCGGAUUCUUUGGCCGUAACCAGAUGCAGAAGCCCUUUGAGGAAGCCUCUUUCAAACUCGAGGUCGGCCAGAUGAGUGACCCAGUUUUCACAGACUCCGGCAUACACAUCAUCCUCAGGACAGCUUGAGGAAUUCACAGUGGAUGGUGGAAGUGAUAGAUUAGGAACCUGUUUCACAAAUCCUUUUUUCAAUGACAAAUGACAAAUAUCAGUGACAAAUCUGCUGAUAACCAAUCAGAAGCAAGGAUUUCAGUAGCUUAUAACACAAAUUGUCAUUUGUCACUGAUGACAUGUUUUGUGAAACGUCCCGCAGGGCAUCGUGGUUCGAAACCGUCUUAAGUACGAGUUCACUGACACCCAUUGAAACGUGUGAUGACCCAUCGCCUACCGAAUUGUCAUAUUCCCUAUAGGUAUACUACAGAAACCACUUGGUUCCAGUAGACAAGUUAAAUUCUAAUACACAAUUUGUUUAUUUUUUUUUAAAUACUUGUUUCAAUGGGAUGUCUGUGAACUUGUACUUAAAACAGCUUCAUGAGACGGUUCCCUGGGCCCUAUUUCAUCAAACUUGUUUGCAAUAAUAACAAGUAGGUAAGUUAGUGAAAUUGAUUACAAUUUAAUGGUUGUGAGCAAAUUUGCUAUUGUCUGAAAGAGGGUCAAGAGCCAGACAAUAUAUUUCCUUGCUUUUUGCCUAGGGCGCCCCUUAUGCUGACUUACUUGUAGGUAGUAUUCCUUAUUUAGGCAAGUAUGAAUCCAUUUUCCCCCCGUUCUCUCUGCAAAAGAUGUUGUUCAUAAUAUAUUUCAAUUCAUUUUAAGAAUGAAAUGAUUAAAGAGAAGGUUGAGUUCUGGGAAGAGGUAAAAAAUUAUUUGUG